AUGGAGUUCCCCGUCCUGUCUGUUGCCACAGCCGGUAUCCCCCACAGAGGAUGCCACAGCCGGUAUCCCCCACAGAGGUUACCACAGUCAGUAUCCCCCACAGAGGAUGCCACAGCCAGUAUCCCCCACAGAGCUUACCACAGUCAGUAUCCCCCACAAAGGAUGCCACAGCCGGUAUCCCCCACAGAGGUUACCACAGUCGGUAUCCCCCACAGAGGAUGCCACAGCCGGUAUCCCCACAGAGGUUACCACAGUCAGUAUCCCCCACAAAGGAUGCCACAGCCGGUAUCCCCCACAGAGGUUACCACAGUCGGUAUCCCCCACAGAGGAUGCCACAGCCGGUAUCCCCCACAGAGGUUACCACAGUCAGUAUCCCCCACAGAGGAUGCCACAGCCAGUAUCCCCCACAGAGCUUACCACAGUCAGUAUCCCCCACAGAGCUUACCACAGUCAGUAUCCCCCACAGAGGUUGCCACAGCCGGUAUCCCCCACAGAGGUUACCCCAGCCGGUAUCCCCCACAGAGGUUGCCACAGCCGGUAUCCCCCACAGAGGUUGCCACAGCCGGUAUCCCCUCACAGAGACUGCCACAGCCAAUAUCCCCCACUGAGGUUGCCAUAGCCGGUAUCCCCUCACAGAGACUGCCACAGCCAGUAUCCCCCACUGAGGUUGCCAUAGCCGGUAUCCCCUCACAGAGACUGCCACAGCCAGUAUCCGCCACAGAGGUUGUCACAGCCGGUAUCCCCUCACAGAGACUGCCACAGCCAGUAUCCCCCACAGAGGUUGCCACAGCCGGUAUCCCCCACAGAGGUUGCCACAGCCAGUAUCCCCUCACAGAGACUGCCACAGCCAGUAUCCCUCACAGAGGUUGCCACAGCCGGUAUCCCCUCACAGAGACUGCCACAGCCAGUAUCCCCCACUGA